AUGGGAAAAAAUCGUAAAUUGAAAGGAGGAGACUUCAUUACUCCUGCCGGAGCCCUCGACAAACAGCUCGAAAGCAGUAAAAUCGCUACUGAGCGAUCGGCUGCUCGUGAAAAAACAAAAAGAAGAAGAAAUGAGGAUGAUCCAGAGUUCAUGCCAACAGAUAUGUCUGCUAAAAUCUUGAGCGAAGCUCGUAAGCAGUUGCAAGAAGAUGCUAUGGAAGAUGCUGUAGAAGAUGCUGAACCAUCAACUGAAAAUAAACGCUUGAGACAUCUUAGUCUUGGUCAAGAUAAUACUUCUGAUAUCGAUGAUGAUCUCCCAGCAGAAGAUGAAGAUUACGAUGAUCAAAUUAUCCAAAUCGAUGCUAAAGUAGAAGAAGAGUUAUCCAAAUUCAUUGUUAAGAAGUCUGAUGCACCAGCCCAAAGAACUUUGUACGAUCUUAUUCAAGAAAAAAUUGAGCAGAAGAAAGCUGAUGCAGAGUGCUCGUUCAGUACUGUUGAUCCUAAUGAAUUCAAUUUCCGCGAGUUAGACCCUGAAGUUCUCGAGAUGUACGUACAAGUUGGUAAACUUUUAUCCAAAUACAGAGCCGGAAAAGUUCCUAAAGCUUUCAAAAUCAUUCCAAAAAUGGUCAACUGGGAACAAAUCUUAUACGUCACUGAGCCAGAUAAAUGGACCUCAGCUGCUGUAUACGUUGGAACAAAGUUGUUCGCAUCUAACUUGAAUCCCAGAAUGUGUCAGAGAUUCUAUAAUCUUGUACUCCUCCCCCGUCUCAGAGAUGACAUUGAUGAGUUUAAAAUCUUGAACUUCCACUUGUACAAAGCUUUGUGUAAGGCCAUAUAUAAGCCUGCAGCUUUCUUCAAAGGAAUUAUUUUGCCGUUAUGUGAAUCCGGAACAUGUACAUUGCGUGAAGCCAUGAUCUUCAGUUCAGUACUUUCAAAAGUUUCGAUACCUAUGUUCCACGCUGCCGCUGCUAUGUUGAAGAUUGCUGAGAUGCCAUACACUGGAUCUAACUCUGUUUUCUUGCGUGCUCUCAUUGACAAGAAGUUCGCUCUACCAUACAAAGCAGUCGAUGCUGUUUGCAACCACUUUAUUAGAUUGAAGAACGAUGAAAGAGAUAUGCCUGUUCUUUGGCAUCAGUGUCUUCUUUCCUUCUGCCAACGUUACAAGAAUGAUUUGAGCCCAGAGCAGAAGACUAGUAUUUACGAUUUGAUAAGAUACCAAGGUCAUUAUUUGAUUUCUCCUGAAAUCAGGCGUGAGUUAGGUUCUAAGGAAGUUGAUGGAAAAGUUGUCAGUUCAGUCCCUGUUGAAGACAAAAGGAAAGAUACUAUGGAGUUCUAA